AUGUACAUGUCAGUUACCCAGCAAAACUCCCCGAUUGUCUUAGAUGCUCUGGGCUUUGAGAAGAGUGCAGCUCUUCUCCAGCAUCGCGAAUCACUCACAUCUAGCUUCUAUGCAAGAAUUGCAAGAUUUCUUUCAGUUGAGGUGUCCUUUGCUCAUGAGACUUCUGCUGUCCAACCCUUUAAGAGACUGGGUACUAUUCAAUAUCUGGUAGGCACUUCCUGCAACGACAUCCUAAUCUUUCCAUUAAGCCCGGAUCUCCCCGGAUCACCAUUCGCCAAAGUCCACCCUCGGAGCAGCGAUCGCCGACAAAAGCCCGGCCGUAUCCCUAUCGGACACUCUGGAGUGCUCGGAAGGUACUGGGCACUGUGCUCAGGGAUCGGGAAGCUGUACUAUCCGAGCAUUGGUUAA